UUUGAAUUUCUCUAAGACAAACCCUAAAUCCGCCAAACUUCUAGACGGCCGUUUGUCCUUGAAUCUACCAAUAGUCCAAUACAAAUGGGGAAAUUCUUCCCUCGAUUUCCGUCUAGUCACUCGCUUCGGAUUCUACAAACCUCAGGCUUUGCAAAUCCGAGCCUCAACCUCUUUUAAAAACACUCGACCUGCAUUUCCCUUCCCAUCGCACUCCAGCUAAAAAAGUGGCUGUGUGUAAGCUAUCGCAGUAGAGAGAGUGAGCGAUAUUGUUGACCGGCGGCGAUCGAGAUCGGAAGUUGGAAGCCAUGGCCGACCACGACGGAGACCACGACACAAAGGAAAAUGCGGCUGAGUCUCUGAUGGACAAGAUCACGGAUAAGCUCCACGGAAGCGAUUCCUCGUCCGAUUCCGACGACGACGACAAGGACAUCAAAUCGACGGCCUCCGACGUCAAGGCCAAGAUCUACCGCCUGUUCGGCCGUGAGAAGCCGGUCCACAGGGUUCUGGGCGGCGGAAAACCUUUUGUUAUAUGCUUUGACAGUGCUGAUGUGAUGGGUAGGAGUGUGAAGAUUUCUGAUUCCAUUAAGUUUAUGAAAUCGUUGGGUUCUCUAGAUAGUUUGAAGCUAAUACCUCAGCAGAACUCAUCUGCUGAUAUUUUCUUAUGGAGGGACAAGAAGAUUUCUGCUGGUGUUCUUGGUCUUGCAACUGCAAUUUGGGUGCUUUUCGAAUUGAUGGAAUAUCAUCUGCUCACACUUGUCUGCCACAUCCUGAUUCUUGCUCUUGCAAUCUCUUUCUUGUGGACAAAUGCUUCAACCUUUAUCAACAAGUCUCCACCUAAGAUCCCACAAGUUGUUGUCCCUGAGGAUUUUGUCCUGGGUGUAGCUUCAGCUCUUAGGAUCGAAUUCAAUGGUGCUUUUGCCACUCUUCGAGAAAUAGCAUCUGGGAGAGAUAUUAAGAAAUUUCUUGCUGUGAUUGCUGGCCUUUGGGUUGUUUCAGUUUUGGGAAGCUGCAUGAACUCCCUGACUCUGUUUUACAUAUGCUUUGUUUUGCUGCACACGGUGCCUGUGCUUUACGAGAAAUACGAGGAUCAAGUUGAUGCUUUUGCUGAGAAAGCUGAGGCCGAGAUCAAGAAACAGUAUGCCGUGUUCAAUGCUAAGGUAUUGAGUAAAAUCCCAAAAGGUCCUCUCAAAGAUAAGAAGUUCGCCUAAAAACCUGACCAGAAUGUGAAACUUUGCGUUACUAGAUUCUCGGGUAGGAUCUGUUUUUCUCGUUCUACCAUUUUGUUGUUGUGGGCCAUUUUUUUCGUUUCAUGAAUGAAUGCAGUUCUGAUAUUAGGUGGUUUUGAGUUUUUAAAUUGAAAGAUGCUUCAUGGAUUUCUGAAUUUUAUUUUGCCUUUGGGUUGGAUUUUGUGUGACAAUUAAUAGAGAUUCAUGUAAUCAAUUUUUGACUUUCGGUUCCAAGUUUGGUGAGUUUUUGUAUCCAGAAACGUGAUACACAGGAGCCUAAUUUUCUACUGCAUUCAAAUUUGAAAGUUGCAAUCAGUUUCAUCCAAAUAUUAGUUAUGUAAGUUUUAUGUUAUUAUCAGAAAGUUCAAUUUGAGUUGUUUGAUGGG